AUGAAAGAAACCUUGAAGCCGACAUCAAAAAUCUCAAGCCGCCUGCAAAUUCGCCAAAAGGGACGAGUUAAGGCAAUUACAAGCUCGUCAACUGAACCAAGUUCAGGCUGGACGGCUGCUGUAUAUUCAGACCACAAGAGUUGUAGCGAGAUUGGAAGGUCCAUACUCUUGCGAGGUGGUAAUGCUGUUGAUGCGGCCAUUUCGGCAUUCUUUUGUUUGUCAGCCUGCGCUUCCUCAUCGAGGUGGACUCGGUGGAGGACUUAUGGCUACGAUCUACAAUGCAUCUACUUGCACCACUCUGAAUUCGAG